AGGAGCUUUGGUCUGUCAUUCUCAAGUCCACACAGGUGAGGGUGCUGCUGAAGGAAUGUGCGCCGAGCGAAUGUGCAAAGGACAGAGGGAAAGGUGGAGCGACCUCGUUACCUCACGAAGCUAGGAAAAGAAAGGAAGGGUGUUGACUGCAAACCCACCUGAACAACUUGAGCAAGAGGAGGGACCAGACACACAUUCACUCUUAAACACGAGUCGUAUGUGGGGGGAAUAUUCAGUCCAUUUUGCACAGCGGGCUAGGAAGGGGGCUUUUUUAUUUUCUUGCAAGCAAUAAAAGUUUGUCCCUGGCUUGGAUUUGUAAAGACGCAGGUGGAAAACCGGUUCUGUUGCCCUCCUUGGUUAAUAAUUGGACAAGGAGAGAAUUAAGGAUUUUGUUUUUAGAGAAGUUUUGCUGUUUCUCUGGACUCUGGGACUUGGAUUGGGAAACAACAAACUAAGAGACUGAAAUGGGAGGAUGGGCGCUACGUCUCGCUGUGGGGAUCUUCGUUCUCUUGCUUGCUGCAACAGACAGUCGUGCUGAUAAGGUGAAUCACUGCACUGCUGCCAGGACCAAAACCUGCUCAGAAUGUAUCCAGGUUGGCGCUGGAUGUGCGUACUGUCCUGAUGAGAUCUUCGAGCAUGAGCGAUGUGACCUGAAAGAAAACCUGGAGGCCCAAAGAUGUAGCAGAAUAGUAUUUUUUGAGAGCAGCAGGCAAAUCCAAGAGAGUGUGCAAAUCAACGAGCAACUGAAGCAGUCACAGGUGUCCCCUCAGCUCAUGAGCAUGACACUUCUGCCUGGGGAGGAGAAAGAGGUGGAGAUGGAAGUGUUUGAACCCACCCGUGGCCCGCUGGACCUCUACAUUCUCAUGGACUUCUCCAACUCCAUGUCUGAUGAUCUGGAUAACCUGAAGAGGAUGGGAGAAAAACUGGCACGGCUUGUUGGCGAUCUCUCUGACGAUUACACCAUUGGAUUUGGCAAGUUUGUAGACAAAGUCACCGAGCCUCAGACAGACAUGAGGCCAGCCAAAUUAGCUGAGCCGUGGUCAAAUAGCGACCCUCCGUUUUCCUUCCGUAACGUCAUCAAACUCACCAGCGACAUCAGUUCCUUCAGACAGAAGCUACAGAAAGAGCGUAUAUCUGGCAACCUAGAUGCCCCUGAAGGGGGUUUUGAUGCCAUCUUACAGACCGCUGUCUGCCAGGACCAAAUUGGCUGGAGGAAAGACAGCACGCACUUGUUGGUCUUCUCCACUGAAUCAGCUUUCCAUUAUGAGGCAGAUGGUGCCAACGUGCUUGCUGGCAUCUUGGACCGUAAUGAUGAGCAAUGCCAUCUGAAUGUAGAUGGAAAUUACACGCAUGACGUUCGUCAAGAUUACCCAUCUAUACCGACUCUAGUGCGACUUUUGGUGAAACAUAACAUCAUCCCAAUUUUCGCUGUCACUAACCACUCCUACUCAUACUAUGAGAAACUUCAUGAAUACUUCCCCAUUGCUGAGCUGGGGCAGUUACAGGAGGAUUCAUCCAAUAUCCUGAGCAUUUUAGAAAAAGCUUUUGAGAAUAUUCGUUCCAAGAUCAGUAUCCGUGCAGAGGACAGACCAAAGGCAAUGGAAACCAAGAUUUUCUCUCAGUCUGGCACCUUUUCUGAAUAUGGCAAUUUCAAAAUCACACCAGGACAAACUGGUAAAUUUAAAGUGCGUAUGAAGGCCCUUAAUCAGGUAGGAGAAGAGCACGUGUGUAAGGUCAACCAGGCUGACCGAGCAGGAACUUUGAGAGUCAAACCCACCACUUUCAGCUCUGCCUUCAGAAUUAAUGCGGAGGUGCUUUGUCCAACCUGCGACUGCGAAAAGACCCCAGUUAAAAAUGCAGUGCGCUGUACUGGCCAUGGAGAUCUGGUCUGUGGGAAAUGCCAGUGCUCUGCAGGAUGGCUCGGCCCUCUCUGUAACUGUUCAGUGGGCGCCUCUACAGACACUGCCAUGUGCAUAGAACCAGGAAAGACAGAGCCGUGCUCAGGCAGAGGAGAUUGCAUGUGUGGGACCUGUGUGUGUUAUAACCCCAACCAGUUUGAAGGGCCUUUCUGCCAGUUUGACAAAACUCAGUGCCAGAGAUUUGGUGGAUUUCUCUGUAAUGAGCGUGGAAGCUGCAACAUGGGCAGAUGUGUUUGUUCUCCAGGAUGGAGUGGAGAGGCCUGUGAAUGUCCCACCAGCAAUGAAUCAUGCCUGGACAGCAAAGGGGGCAUUUGUAAUGACCGUGGUGUGUGUAAUUGUGGUCGCUGUGAGUGUGAACACUCAGGACUUCCUCUGAGUCCAACUUGUGAAGCCAACUUCCAGCAACAAGUGGGUAUGUGUGAAGCCAAGAGAAGCUGCGUUCAGUGCCAGGCCUGGAGCACCGGUGAGAGGAAAGGACGCAAAUGCGAUGAGUGUCCCUUCAAAAUUGUCAGGGUGGAUGAGCUUAAAGAAGAUAAAAAUGUAAUUGAGACAUGCAGUUUCCGUGAUGAAGAUGACGACUGCACAUAUCACUAUAAUGUGAAUUAUCCAUCGAACAUCACAGACAAAGAACACCGCGUCCUAGUGAAGAAAAAGAAAGACUGUCCACCUGCAGGUUUCCUGUGGUUGAUUCCCCUCAUUAUGUUUCUGAUGCUUUUACUUGGCUUGCUUUUGCUCUGUUGCUGGAAAUACUGCGCCUGUUGCCAGUCCUGUCUUGCUCUUCUCCCAUGCUGUGCUAGAGGUCGUAUGGUGGGAUUUAAGGAAAACCAGUAUCUGCUACGUCAAUCUUUUCUGCAAAAUGAUUAUUUGGACACUCCAAUGGUGCGCAGCGGCCCACUCAAGAGCACAGACGUUGUGCGCUGGAAAGUGGCAGACAAUGUUCAUCGAGGACCGAAUCACCCCCAGAACCAAAUUAGACCCAACCCCAAAGAGACCAUCCAGUAUCCUGUUUCUCUUCGUCUGAACCGGCAGUUUUCAGAAGCUCUUUCUAACCCUGAUGCUCGGGACACAGACGUGCUCAGACGAGAAGUAGAGGACAACCUCAAUGACGUGUUCCUGCAGAUCCCGGGCGCACAGCGAGUGCAGAAGACUCUGUUCAGGACACAAAGAAAUUCUGGAAAGAGACAGAACAACACAAUUGUGGACACAGUUUUAUCUGCCCCUCGCUCCAGUUACCCAGAUAUUGUAAAACUGACAGAUAAACAGGUUCAUUCUGGAAACUUCCGGGACCUGAAGGUGAUUCCAGGCUACUACACUGUGGCUUCUGAUAGAGAAGCAGCAGGCGCUGUGGAGUUUCCGGAGAACGUGGAGUCAGUGGAUGUUCGGGUUCCUCUCUUCAUUAAAGAUGAGGAUGAUGAAAAGAAGGAGCUGCUUGUGCAAGCUGUUGAUGUUCCAGUCGGAAUCGCAAAGAUUGGAAAAGAUCAUGUCAACAUUACAGUGCUUAAGGAACAUGCAUCGAGUGUCUUUACCUUCCUGGAGCCGUCAUAUACCUACAGCCGUCAGGAUGGAGUGGCCAACAUCCCGAUCAAACGUCAGAUUAUAGAGGAUGGACGGACACAAGUCACAUACAGCACAGCAGACCUCACUGCCAAAGACAAGAAGGACUAUAUCUCGGUAGAUGGAGACUUGAGCUAUGGACCAGGUGAAACGGAGAAGAUGGUCCCAGUGAAACUACUGGAGCUUGGGGAGCAAGACGGCCUGCUGGAGGACAAACAGGUUAAACAGUUUGUGAUGGAUCUGAGUAACCCACGACAAGGCGCUAAACUGGGCCGUUACCCACGCACUGUUAUUACCAUCGCGGAUAAACCAGAAUCCAGCGUUGUGGCGUUUAAGAAGAGUACUCAAACUUUCAGUACCACCGACCCGCUCUACACCAUCCCGGUGGAACGCACUGGAAACCGUGAGACUCCGGCCACUGUGCACUGGCGCACUAACAAGGCCUCACGCUUCGACAUCUCCAGUCCUCUCAAAUUUGCUCCCGGUGAAGCUGAAAAAAAUAUCCUCAUUGACCCUCGUACACAUCCAUCUCCCAUCAUACCUGAGAAAUUCAACCUGGAACUAGUAGACCCAAGCAACAAUGCAAUUAUCGGAAAGAGGAAGACCACGGAGGUGAUCGUCACUGAUGGUCGAGGGGAUGGUAAAAUUCAGGAUUUCCAAAAGAUGGAAUAUGUUACUCAAACACCCACAUCUCCCGGAGGACGCCUCUAUUCCCCGGCCAACAUUAAAGCUGUUCCUACUGGCCCUAAAAACAUCCGCCUGAACUGGAAACCCAGCCCAAAUGCCAAUGGUUACAAGGUGAAGUACUGGAUUUAUGGGGACCCUGAAAAUGAUGCUCAAGUGAUGGAUGUGAAGACGCCUCAAGCCGAGCUGACAAAUCUUUAUCCAUACUGUGAUUACGAGAUGCGUGUUUGUGGCUACAAUGCACUUGGAGAUGGCAAUUACAGUGAUAUCAUCCAAUGCCAAACUCUGGAGGAUGUACCUGGUGAACCUGGCCGUCUGGCUUUCAACGUCAUCAGCCCUACUGUCACUCAGGUUAGUUGGGCGGAGCCAGCAGAAACCAAUGGUGUCAUCACUGCUUAUGAGGUCAUCUACACGCCCAUCAAUGAGGACAAGAAGCCUGCAGGACCUUCUAAGAAGGUGAUGAUUGACAACCCUAAAAAGCGCAUGUUGCUCAUUGAGAACCUGCAACCUUCUCAGACCUACUGUUACAAAGUGCGCGCCAGCAAUAAGGUGGGCUGGGGCCCAUACCGAGACGCCACAAUCAACCUGGCAUCACAGCCUACCAGACCCAUGUCAAUUCCCAUCAUUCCCGACAUUCCCAUCGUGGAUGCAGAAGCUGGCGAAGAGUACGACAGCUAUCUGAUGUACAGUAAUGAAGUCAUGCGAUCCCCAACGAGCAGCCUAAGGCCUAGCGUCACAGACCUGUCUGAUGAUCAAUUUGUAAAUGGAAAGUGGGAACAGAAUUUCUUGUUCCCAGGAGGAGGAAGUGGUUCCCUGUCCCGCAACAUCAGCUCUUCCUCAACCACGUAUGGCCAUUCCACGCCGCGCACCAAUGUGACCAACAGCAGCACCACCACAACAUACAUCUCUGGCAAAGGAGGCUCAACUACUCACAGAUAUGAUUUAAGAGAUGGUGGACUUCUCAAAGAAGACGUGAUCCUGAGAAAACGCUCUGAAAACAGGCAUUACACAGACGGUGAUGGUGUGAGGGAUUCGAUCGUAAUGGGAAACCUGUCUAGUGGACUUUUGGACAAUUUAGGGGUCUCUAGCUUCAGCCAGACUACAUCUACCAGCUACAGUUUGAGCUCCAGAGCUCGUACUCAGUCUGAAGAUAUCAACGAUGCACUGCUGAACCUGGAUAGUGUUCUUCAGGACUCGCGCUUCACCCCGGGUGUUCCCGAGACUCCCAGCAGACUGGUGUUUUCAGCUCUGGGCCCCACGGCUCUCAAAGUGAGCUGGCAGGAGCCGCACUGCGAGUCCGAUGUACUGGGAUACUGCGUCCUUUACCAGCUCAUCAAUGGAGGUGAAGUGAAGCGUAUCGAGGUAAACAAUCCUGCUCAGAACUCAGUGCUGGUUCAGGAUCUCCUGCCUAACCAGUCCUACAUUUUCAAAGUGAAAGCACAGAGUCGAGAGGGCUGGGGUCCCGAGAGAGAGGGUGUCAUUACCAUCGAAUCCAAUGUCGACCCCAAGAGUCCACUGAGCCCAGUGCCCGGGUCUCCGUUCACUCUCAGCACUCCCAGCGCUCCAGGACCUCUGAUCUUCACAGCGUUGAGCCCAGAUACACUGCAGCUGAGCUGGGAGAAACCCCGAAAACCCAACGGAGACAUCCUGGGAUACGUGGUGACCUGCGAACAGCUGCACGGCGGAGGAGAUCUUCGCUCCUUCCAGGUGAAUGGCAAUGCGGCCACUUCAUUGACUGUCUCUGACCUGAAAGAAAACAUGCCAUACAAAUUCAAAGUUCAAGCUCAGACCACGCAGGGCUUUGGCCCGGAGCGAGAGGGAAUCAUCACCAUCGAGUCCCAAGACGGAGGCUCCAUGUCCCAGUACAGCAGUCAGUCGGUCACAAAGAGAGAGGUGUUCAAUCUGCCCACAGAAAUCACACACACUUCACACACCAUGUUCUCAGAGCCCUUUGUUUCUUCAGAUGGUAUGAUGAUGAUGUCGAGCAGGCAGAUCACAGAGUCAGGCGGCUCCAUGACGCGGCAGGUGGAGAUGGUACAGAGAGGAGUGAUGUCCAGCAGCACCGUCACCAAGAGACUGGAGAGACAGUACUACGAGGCCUGAAAACAGAGCUCCUGCAGUCUCACGAACACCAAACCCUUCAAGCCUUGAUCAUAUGUGGAAUGUAAAGACUUAAUUAAACCUUUGAGUGUUAUUUCAUCCCUUCCAAACAGGUAUUUGUUGAAACUUACUUGUGGCAUCAAACCAUGUUUUCCUACAGAGUGUAGAAGUCGAGUUCUGGAAGUAAAAACAAAACUCUUUUUCUCCAUAGGGGAACUGAUAAACCUUUUAAAGGGACAGUUCACACAAAACUGAAAAUUCUGUCAUCGUUUACUCACACUUCUCUAGAAGAUAUUUCGAAGAAUGUUGGAAGCCAUUGAUCAUUGACUUCCAUAGUAUUUGUUUUUUAUACUAUGGAUGCCAGUGCUUACCGGUUUCCAACAUUCAUCAAAAUAUCUUCUUUGUGUUCAACAGAAAAAAACAAACUCAUAAAGGUUUGGAACCAAUUUAGGGUGAGGUAAAUGGUGAGAAUUAUUAUUUUGAGUGAACUAUCCCUUUAAAUCAGACCAUUUUACCCCUCUGAGGUUUUAUGUGCUUUUUGUUGAUCUCGUCAUAUUUAUUCACCCUACUUUUCAAACAAUUGUUUAAUGGCAGAUUUUAAAACUACAUUACCCAUGAUUCUAUUCAGGAAAUUAGCCAAUCAGAGAGCGUUAUCAAGCAGAGUUCACCAAAAGUGCUGUUUAGCACCGCCCAAUCACAGCAAUGCUAAUUAUCAUUCUUAAAAUACUAAAAUGUUUAUGUAUAUAUGCACAAUUGUUUAUUGACAGAAUUCAAAUUACAUUACCCACAAUUCUGUUCAGAAAAUUAGCCAAUCAGUGAGCAUUUUCAAGCAGAGUACACCAAAAGAGCUGUUUAGCACCGCCCAAUCACAGCAAUGCUAAUUAUCAUUCUUAAAAUACUAAAAUGUUUAUGUAUAUAUGCACAAUUGUUUAAUGACAGAAUUCAAACUACAUUACCCACAAUUCUAUUCAGAAAAUUAUCCAAUCAGUGAGCAUUAUCAAGCAGAAUACACCAAGAGAGCGGUUUAGCACUGCCCACUCACAGCAAUGCUAAAUAUCAUUCUUAAAAUAGUAAAAUGUUUAUGUAUAUAUGCACAAUUACAUGAAAUAUGUUGUUUCUGAAGACGCAAACAACAACUUGAGUGAAUAGUAAUUUCUCUGCCAUUUUUAGUUCGACCCUGCACUGUAAAAAUUAUUGCUGCUUUAAUUCUUUUAGAUGAAUCAAAUAAAUAUUUGUGUUUAUCUCAACUCGCAUCAAUCAAACUGACAAAAAAUAUUAAGUUUUGUAUUACUCCAAAAACAGUUAAAAGGCACCUAUUUUACCCCUUUUUCCAGAUUUAAUAUGUCUUUUGUGUCUCCACAAUGUGUCUGUAAAGUUUCAGCUCAAAACACCCAUCAGAUUAUUUAUUAUAGCUUUCAGAAUAUUGGAAGUUUCUGCUCUAAACACAAUGUAGCUGUAUUUGUUGCCUGUGCCUUUAUUGCUAGUUCUCCCCGCCCACCAUCCUCAAGUGCCUGUCAGAGUGUGCCUCGAUCUCUGGCUCAGCUGUGUCAGAUAAACAGUACAGUGACAGACAUAAAGCAGAUCUCACGUAACGUUUGUGAGAAAUACUACAGUAAGAAUUUCCCAAUGAUUAUUUGAUGUAUUUGUGGAGUUAAUUCAAGCCUUUCUGCAAUGGUGAGUCACACACAAUUACGUUACAAAGUUCAAGCACAUACACACACACACACGUUAACAUGCACUGCUUUAAUGAUAUCCAUUAUGUUAAUGUACAAAAUAAACCUGAUUUAACGUCAACAAACCGGGAUUGAAGCAUAUUUUAUAAAUGUAGUACUCACACGGCUGUGAUGAUAAAGAUGGUAAAAUCACUGUAAUUGAUUACAAACAUGAACUGUUUUAAAUAUGUUUUAAUCUUAUAAAACUCAUUCUUGAUCACAUUUGAUGAUGAUUGAUGAUCACAGCCAACUGAACAGAUCUUUUAAUCCCGGUUGAUUUGCGCACGUCCUGUCUUGUUGAUAUGAUUAUAUGCGUUACUGCAGAGACAUGUUAAUAUGUGGCUGUCAAUCAAAUUGGUGGGCGGGGAAACUGCACUCCUACGUAACGUUGUGGUCAAAAUGGGUGGGAUUUGCAUCCUAUUAAAGUGUCAGGAAAUUUAAAAAAAGAGACUUACUAUCUUUAUAUCACCCAAUAUGACAGUGGACACUAUACCUACACACAGUUCUGUCCAAACAGCUUCCAAAAGAUGAUUUUCAUCAUUGGUGCCUUUUAAAGUAACAUAAAAAUAUCGAAUAUCAUGACUUUUGUCAAGUAAUUUUUUUGCAGUGCGUCAUUGUAGUAAUUUCCCUAACAAAAGAGAAAUUUUACCUUAGAGUUUUGUCACUUUGCCUUUUUUGUGUGCUUUUCUUUCCUGCAAAGCAAAGUUUGGUUGGCUUCAUGGUUUAUAAUGCUUAAAGACUUUGGAAAUCUCUUUUGGAAAACUGAAUUGGAAAACUACUUCCAGAACCAGCAUUGCUGAAAAAGUGUGGGCACUUAUCUACUCUAGGUUUUUUUCUUCUGUUGCUUAUUUUGAAUGUCAGAUUUCAUAUCAUGAUGUUUAUAUCGUUGAUGUUAAGUUGUAUCAAGUUUCUCUUAGAAUGUAUUUUUCACAUUAAAUAUGCAAUGCCUCUUGAUUUAAACCAUAUACUUCCAGAUGCUCAUUAGUAUUUGUCCUCUUCAAUCAAAAACUGAACUUCUAAAAGGUUGCGUAAAAAAUGUUGCAACAUGAGUGCAUGCAUAUGGACUCGAUUCUUAAGACUGUAAAUACGUUACUGAGGUUUUGUUAUUUUAUUGCCUGGUUGCAAGAUGUGCUUAUGUAACUCCAGGCCUGUUUUUCCAGAUGACUUAAAAUUUGCCAGGUUUGUACACGAUUGGCCACUUGGAAACGAGCACCAAUCUCACACCUAUGUUCAUUUAUACAGCUUUUUAAAAUAAUCUGUAUGAUACUUUUUACUUGUGGGGAGUUUUUUAGAUUUUUUUUACACUAAAAUAGCAUUUCAUCAUCGUAUUCAAGCAGAAUUAUGUAGUGCGCAAGACUUUUCACUGCAUAUCAGUUCACCACACUUAAUAAAACAAUAAAUCCUCUUACCGCA